AUGAGAGAAGGCCCUUCCCGGCACAAGAGAAGGGACUCCUGGCACGAGAAAAGGGACUCCCCGGGGACGAGAGAAGGCACUCCUUUGGGACAAGAAAGGCACUCCUGGGAUGAGAAAGGGGAAAUCCUGGCAUGGAAAAGGCACUCCUGGGAAGAGAAAGGCACUCCUGGCAUGAAGAAGGGGACUCCCCGGCACAAAAGAAGGGGGCCCCCUGGGGACGAGAAGGGACUCCUGGCAUUAAGAAGGGACUCCCGGGCCCAGAGAAGGGACUCCUGGCACAAGAGAAAGGGACCCCCGGCACGAGAAAAGGGGUCCUGGGGACGAGAGAAGGCACUCCUUCACAAAAGAAGGCAAAUCCUGCAUGGAAAAGGCACUCCUGGGAUGAAAAGAAGGCCCCUCCUGGGGAAGAAGGAAAGGGACUCCCGGGAUGAGAGAAAAGGGCCCCCUGGCCCAAAAAAGGGACCCUGGCACGAGAGAAGGGCCCCCGGGGGAUGA